AUAACAAAAAUGGAGGUUAUGUUGAGUCAAUGUGUUAAUGUAAAUUUAUGAACGCUAACUUAUUUAAAUUGUUUUCUAAUCAUAAUUCAAUGAUAUAAUGGUCAGAAGUAGGGACAGAAGCAGGACUCCUGAACGAAAAAGGCGAAGAUCGAGGUCUCGCAGUAAGGAGAGACCGAAAUCCAGCAGGUAUAGAAGAAGCAGAUCAAGGGAAAGAGAGAGGCGAAGAAGUCGUUCUAGAUCGAAAGAUCGAUCUGACAGGAGGGACCGAGACCGAGAUAAAAGGUCUUACAGCAGAGACAGGGAUCGAGAAAGAGAUAGAGAUCGCAGAAGAGGAGACAGUAAAGAACGUCGUAGUGGGAAAUCAAGUAGACGACGAUCAAGGUCUAGGUCUCGUACUCCUGAAAAACCAAAGCAAGAUGACACAGGGCUUUCUUUUGAUCCCGCCAAUUUGGAUAAGGAAGAAGAGCAAAGAAAACUUGAAUUGGAAAUGGUAAAAAGACGGGAAAGAAUAGAACGAUGGAGAGCCGAAAGGAAAAAGAAAGAGCAAGAAGCCACCAAGAAGGAAGCACAAAAGGGAACAUUAGUUCAGAACCUCACCAUUCCUCAGGGGGCAACAAAGAAAUGGUCCCUGGAAGACGAUUCCGAAGAUGAAGAUAAAAACGAUAAGGGAGAAAAGGAAGAAAAUGGAGAGAAAAAUGUGGAAGAGAAGAAACCAGAGGAGAAAGAAGUUGAGUGCAAACCGGAGAAGGUAGAAGAGGAAGAAGAAGAUGAAAUGGAUACUUUGGAUGAAUUUAUGAAAGGUGUGCAAGCAGAAGUUAGAAAAAUAAAUAAACUGGACGUAAAGAAACCUAGUGACCCAAAUGCUAAGAAGACUUCACUUGUAAUAGUGACCGGCGUAGCAAAAUCCAAGGUUAAUAAGAACAAAGGCGAGCUCAUCGAACAGAAUCAAGACGGGCUUGAAUAUUCCUCGGAGGAAGAGCAAGAAGAUUUAAAGGACACUGCAGCCAACAUAGCUAAUAAACAAAAAAAGGAACUGGCAAAGAUUGAUCAUAACAAUAUUGUAUACAUAACGUUCAGGAAGAAUUUCUACGUGGAAGUCCCUGAAAUUGCCAAGAUGACGCACGAGGAGGUUGAGGCUUAUAAAGAAGAGCUGGAAGGAAUAAGAGUUAAAGGCAAGGGUUGUCCAAAACCCAUAAAAACUUGGGCUCAAUGUGGCGUUUCCACGAAAGAACUUAAUAUUCUCAAGAAACUGGGUUUUGAGAAACCCACGCCAAUUCAGGCUCAAGCCAUACCAGCAAUAAUGUCAGGGAGAGACCUUAUAGGUAUCGCUAAAACCGGUAGCGGUAAAACGUUAGCCUUCCUCUUGCCCAUGUUCCGACACAUACUCGAUCAAUCACCCUUAGAGGAAACCGAUGGUCCAAUCACCAUCAUCAUGACUCCUACAAGGGAACUGUGCAUGCAAAUUGGGAAGGAUAUUAAAAAGUUCUCGAAAAGCUUGGGACUGCAUGCGGUCUGCGUCUACGGUGGAACUGGGAUAUCAGAGCAGAUUGCUGAACUCAAGAGAGGUGCGGAAAUAAUAGUGUGCACCCCGGGCCGCAUGAUCGACAUGCUCGCCGCUAACAGCGGGAAGGUAACGAACUUGCGUCGCGUGACGUACAUCGUGUUGGACGAAGCCGACCGCAUGUUUGAUAUGGGUUUCGAACCUCAGGUAAUGCGCAUAAUAGAUAACGUUCGACCAGAUAGGCAAACAGUUAUGUUCAGUGCAACUUUCCCCAGGCAAAUGGAAGCGCUGGCCAGACGGAUACUGCAGAGGCCCAUCGAGGUACAAGUCGGUGGGCGCUCAGUAGUUUGCAAGGAAGUCGAACAACACGUGGUCAUCCUGGAGGAAGAGCAGAAAUUCUUGAAGCUCCUCGAACUCCUCGGUUUGUACCAGGAACUCGGCAGUAUUAUCGUAUUCGUAGACAAGCAAGAAAACGCCGAUAUCCUCCUGAAAGAACUCAUGAGAGCCGCCUACAACUGCAUGAGUCUCCACGGGGGCAUCGAUCAGUUCGACCGCGAUUCCACCAUCAUAGAUUUUAAGACGGGAAAAAUUAAACUGCUCGUCGCCACCUCGGUAGCUGCCAGGGGCCUGGACGUCAAACAGUUGAUCCUAGUCGUUAACUACGACUGCCCGAAUCAUUACGAGGAUUACGUCCACAGGUGUGGAAGGACGGGAAGGGCCGGGAAUAAAGGGUUCGCGUACACUUUUAUCACUCCCGAGCAGGGGAAGUACGCCGGGGACGUCAUAAAGGCCUUCGAGCUAGCUUCGGUGACAGUUCCGGAUCCUUUGAGGACUCUGUGGGAGACCUACAAAACGAAACUAGAGUCUGAAGGUAAAAAAGUUCACACUGGAGGUGGUUUUAGCGGUAAAGGUUUCAAGUUCGACGAAUCGGAAGCGGCCGCUGUGAACGAGAAGAAGAAGUUCCAGAAAGCGGCCCUGGGGUUGGCAGACAGUGAUGAUGAAGACUUGGAACAUGAUAUUGACCAGCAAAUCGAGAGCAUGUUUGCCACGAAGAGGACCGUAAAGGAGAUAAAGGCGCCUUUAGGUCUUAUCAAUCCAGCAGCGAUGGGCAACAUCAACACGGCAGUCGAUAAGCUGGAACUGGCCAAACGACUCGCCUCCAAGAUCAACCUGACCAAAAACGCUAUCCUCGAUACCAAGUUUGCCACCCAGCAGGCUGCAGAAUCGAUUCUUAAAGGUAGCGGGUCUCAGCCGCCUAUAACCGCUAAAACGGUGGCGGAGCAGUUGGCUGCCAAGCUUAACACGAAGCUUAAUUAUCAGCCGAAGGAUGACGAUGACAGGAUGGAUGAGGAUUCAGAGCAGACGUUCAGGAAGUACGAGGAGGAGCUGGAGAUCAACGAUUUCCCACAGCAGGCUAGGUGGAGGGUCACCUCAAAGGAGGCGCUAGCCCAGAUUUCAGAAUACUCCGAAGCGGGUAUCACAGUUAGGGGCACCUACGUGCCUACAGGUAAGUCGCCCCCAGAGGGUGAAAGGAAGUUGUACCUCGCCAUCGAGAGUACCUCGGACAUCGCCGUGUCCAAAGCCAAGUCUGAGAUCACCAGGUUGAUCAAGGAAGAGCUGCUGAAACUACAGACGGCGGGUCACCACACCUUCAACAAGGCUAGAUACAAGGUGGUGUAGUGUCUUGUGGCAGGGUGUGUUUGUAUUUAAAUUAUGCUCCCAAUUAUGUAUUUUACAAUAAAAUGAUGUAUGUAUGAUA